AUGUUAAGGACUGCAGGGCUUCCAUGUGAAUCCAUGAUGGUGCACACGAGCGAGACUGUGCGCCUCAAGUUCUUCAUCGACCUCCUGAUGCACAAGCGCCACCCCGUCAUGCUGGUGGGCACCUCCGGCUGCGGCAAGUCGGCGCUGCUCAACGAGAAGCUCAACUCUCUGCCGGAGGAGUACGCCGUGUGCAACGUCCCCUUCAACUUCUACACCACUUCAGAGCUGCUGCAGCGCGUGCUGGAGAGACCUCUGGAGAAGAAGGCCGGGAAGAACUACGCUCCUCCGGGGAACAAGAAACUCGUCUACUUCAUCGACGACAUCAACAUGCCCAUGGUCGACCAGUACGGCACGGUGCAGCCCCACACGCUCAUCCGGCAGCACAUGGACUACGGCCACUGGUACGACCGCACCAAGCACACGCUCAAGGACAUCCACAACGUGCAGUACGUGGCCGCCAUGAAUCCCACAGCAGGAUCCUUCACCAUUAAUCCUAGGCUUCAACGCCACUUCAGUGUCUUUGCAGUCAGUUUCCCGAGCAUGGAGAGCCUCAACCUGAUAUACUCCUCGCUACUGGACCAACACUUGAAGAGUACUGCUAUGAAGUUCAACCCAACACUAAUUAGGGAAGAAUGCCCCUAAUGGAAGAUUCAUUGCACGCUAGAUGACAGAGCCCUUGGUGCAGGCGCCCUCCAGCUGCAUCAGAAGGUCACCAGCACAUUCAUGCCAACGGCGACUAAGUUCCAUUACAUCUUCAACUUGCGGGACCUCACCAAUAUUUUCCAGGGCCUCCUCUUCUGCACGGGCGAGACGGUGAAGGCGCCCAUCGAGCUCCUCCGCUGCUGGCUGCACGAGACCCAGCGCGUGUACGGCGACCGCCUCCUGGAGGAAAAGGACCUAGAGAUCUUGACCAAACUGCAGGUUGAUGUUACUAAGAAGAUCUUCGAGGAGCUUGACGAAGCGGAGGUCAUGGCCAAGCCCAACGUCUUCUGCCACUUCGCCCGCGGCAUCGGGGAGCCUCGGUACCUCCCCAUCAAGACGUGGGACGACCUCAGUGCCAUUCUGCAGGACGCUCUCACGACCUACAACGAGCUAAACGCUGCCAUGAACCUCGUGCUCUUCGAAGACGCCAUGGCGCACGUGUGUCGGAUUAACCGUAUCCUGGAAUGCCCUCGUGGAAACGCCCUCCUAGUGGGGGUGGGGGGCUCGGGCAAGCAGUCCCUCGCCCGUCUCGCCGCCUUCAUCUCCGGGCUCGAGGUGUUCCAGAUCACCCUCACCAAGGACUACAGCAUCCAGGAGCUCAGGAGCGACUUGGCUAACCUGUACGUGCGUGCCGGACUGAAGAACCUGGGCACGGUGUUCCUCAUGACCGACGCCCAUGUCCCCGACGAGAAGUUCCUCGUGCUGAUCAACGACCUCCUGGCCUCGGGGGAGAUCCCUGACCUCUUCCCCGAGGACGAAGUGGAAAACAUCGUGUCUUCAGUGAGGAAUGAGGUCAAGAGCACAGGUCAGCAGGAUACGCGCGACAACUGCUGGAGGUUCUUCAUCGACCGAGUGAGGAAGAACCUGAAGAUGGUCUUGUGCUUCUCGCCCGUCGGGUCCGCUCUCAGAGUGCGAGCUCGGCAGUUCCCCGCCAUCAUCAGCUGCACAACCAUUGACUGGUUCCACGAAUGGCCGCAAGAGGCGCUGGUGUCCGUUUCGGAAACAUUCCUCGGAACUCUUGAAUAUCUUCCUGAAUCCUUGCGAGGCUCCGUGUCCAAGUUCAUGGCGCACGUCCACACGUCCGUGAACGACAUGAGCCGACUCUACCUGACCAACGACCGCCGCUACAACUACACGACGCCCAAGACCUUCCUGGGCUUCAUCUCGCUCUACACGAAGCUCCUCUCGGCCAAGCACCAGGAACUCCAGGCCAAGAUCGAGAGGCUGCAGAACGGCCUGCAGAAGCUCAGGACGACCUCCACGCAGGUGGACGAGCUCAAGGCCAAGCUCGCUGUCCAGGAGGUGGAACUCCAGAAGAAGAACGACGAAGCCGACAAGCUGAUCCGCAUCGUAGAAGCCGAGACAGCCAAGGUGUCGAAAGAAAACGAGAGCGCUAAUGAUGAGAAACGGAAGGUCGCCAUCAUCGAAGCCGAAGUGGCCAAGCGACGGAAGGAGUGCGAGGAGGACCUGGUUAAGGCAGAACCUGCACUCGUUGCGGCAAAGGAAGCGCUCAACACACUCAACAAGGCGAAUCUCACGGAGCUGAAGUCCUUCGGGUCACCUCCUUCAGGCGUGGACAGAGUGACUGCAGCCGUGAUGGUGCUGCUGGCCCCCAACGGCAAGAUUCCAAAGGAUAGAUCUUGGAAAGCGGCGAAGGUGAUGAUGGCGAAAGUAGACCAGUUCCUGGAUCAGCUCAUUAACUACGACAAGGAAAAUAUUCAUCCAGAUAUCAUCAAGAACAUUCAGCCUUACCUGGAUGACAAUGAAUUCAACCCAGACUUCAUCCGUUCCAAGUCUGUAGCUGCUGCAGGUCUGUGUUCGUGGGUCAUCAACAUCAUCAGCUACUACGAGGUGUACUGCGACGUGGAGCCCAAGCGACGCGCCCUGGAGGACGCCAACAACGAGCUGGCUGCGGCCCAGAGUCGCCUCACCGCCAUCAUCUCCAAGAUCAAGAGUCUGGAAGAACAGCUGGCGCAACUUCAGGCAGAAUUCGACAAAGCGACGGCCGAGAAAAUGCGGUGCGAAGAGGAGGCGAACAGCACCGCCCACACCAUCGCCCUCGCCAACCGCCUGGUGGGAGGCUUGUCCUCAGAGAAGAUUCGCUGGGCUGAAGCCGUGGCGCAGAUGCACAUAUCGGAGAAGACCUUACCCGGGGACAUCCUACUGGUGGCUGCCUUCAUCUCCUACGUCGGUUGCUUCACGAAGCACUACAGACGUGAACUCAUGGACAAGUUGUGGCUUCCUCUCCUUCAGAAAGUAAACCCCGUGAUCCCCAUCACGCACAACCUGGACCCGAUCAAGCUCCUGACGGACGACGCGACGAUCGCCGGCUGGAACAACGAGGGCCUCCCGUCCGACCGCAUGUCCACCGAGAACGCCAUCAUCCUCACCAACUCCGAUCGAUGGCCGCUCAUUAUCGACCCGCAGCUCCAGGGCAUCAAGUGGAUCAAGGCGAGGUACGGCGAACAGCUGAUCGUGGUGCGCCUCGACCAGAAGAACUCCAUCGACGUCCUGGAGGCCGCCAUCACCCGGGGCGAGACCGUCCUCAUCGAGAACCUCCCGGAGAGCCUCGACCCCGUGCUCGACCCGCUCAUCGGCAAGAACCUUAUCAAGCGCGGCAGAGCACUGAAAAUCGGCGACCGGGAAAUCGAAUACAACGACACGUUCCAGCUGAUCCUCCACACCAAGCUGGCCAACCCGCACUACAAGCCCGAACUGCAGGCGCAGUGCACCUUGAUCAACUUCACGGUGACGCGCGACGGCCUCGAGGACCAGCUGCUGGCGGAGGUCGUCAAGGCCGAGAGGCCAGACCUGGAGGAGCUCAAGUAUAACUUGACGAAGCAACAAAACGACUUCAAAAUUCAGCUGAAGCACUUGGAAGACGACCUGCUGAGCCGCCUGUCGUCCGCCGGAGGAAACUUCUUGGGAGACACGGCCUUGGUGGAGAAUCUGGAGCACACGAAGGCCACGGCGCAGGAGAUUCAGGAGAAGGUCGCCGAAGCCCGCAACACGAGCGCGCAGAUCGACGAGGCCCGCGAAAUCUACCGUCCCGCCGCCGCCCGAGCCUCCCUCUUGUACUUCAUCCUCAACGACCUUCACAAGAUCAAUCCCAUCUACCAGUUCUCCCUUAAGGCGUUCCGAGUGGUGUUCCAGCAGGCCAUCGAGCGCUCGGAGGCGAACGACGAGGUGCGGCUGCGCGUGAACGCCCUCAUCGACACCAUCACGUACAGCGUGUUCCUCUACACCACCAGAGGACUCUUCGAGAAGGACAAGCUCAUCUUCGCCGCCCAGAUGACCUUCCAGGUCCUUGCCUCCCAGGGUGAGGUGGGCGCCAUCGAGCUGGACCUUCUGCUUCGGUUCCCGAUUCAGCCGAACGUGGUUUCGCCCAUCGACUUCAUCACCAACAACAACUGGGGCGCGAUUCGCUCCCUCUCGCAGGUCGACGAAUUCAGGAAUUUGGACCGCGACCUGGAGAACAGCGUAAAGCGAUGGCGCAUGUACUGUGAGUGCGAGGCGCCCGAGAAGGAGAAGCUGCCGGGUGACUGGAAGGGCAAAUCCGACGUGCAGCGGCUGGUCAUCAUGAGGGCGCUGCGUCCUGACCGCAUGACGCACGCCAUGCAGCUGUUCAUCGAGGAGCGGAUGGGGAGGAAGUACGUGGAGGGCGAGAACAUCGACUUCUCGCAGAGCUACGAGGAGAGCGGGCCGUCCACGCCGAUCUUCUUCAUCCUCUCCCCCGGCGUCGACCCUCUCAAGGACGUCGAGCGGCUUGGACACAGCCUGGGCUACACCUGCGAGAACCGGCGUCUGCACAACGUGUCGCUGGGCCAAGGGCAGGAGAAGGUGGCGGAGGAGGCCAUUCAGAUCGCCUCCAAAGAGGGCCAUUGGGUCAUCCUGCAGAACAUUCAUCUGGUGAGACAGUGGCUUCCGCAGCUGGAGAAGAAGCUAGAGGCCCACGCAGACGGAGCUCACCAAGAGUACAGGGUCUUCAUGAGCGCUGAGCCCGCAAGCAAGCCCGAGAACCACAUCUUGCCGCAGGGCAUCCUGGAGUCGGCCAUCAAGAUCACCAACGAGCCGCCUCGGGGCAUGCAAGCCAACCUCCAUAAGGCGCUCUACAACUUCACGCAAGACACGCUCGAGAUGUGCUCCAAAGAGGCCGAAUUCAAGUCCCUCUUGUUCUCUCUGUGUUACUUCCACGCAUGCGUCGCGGAGAGGAGAAAGUUCGGGUCGCAGGGAUGGAACAGACCCUACCCCUUCAACACCGGCGACUUGACUAUCAGCGUGAACGUGCUGUUCAACUACCUGGAGGCGAACAGCAAGGUUCCCUGGGAGGACCUCCGCUACCUCUUCGGGGAGAUUAUGUACGGGGGCCACAUUACGGACGACUGGGACCGCAGGCUGUGUCGCACGUACCUCGAGGAGUUCCUGCACCCAGACCAGCUGGAUGGAGAGCUGAACCUCGCGCCAGGUUUCCCAGCGCCCCCCAACUUGGACUACUCGGGCUACCACAGCUACAUAGACACGUGUCUCCCCCAAGAAUCACCCCACCUGUACGGCCUCCACCCCAACGCCGAGAUCGGCUUCCUCACCAUGACGUCGGAGCACCUCUUCAAGACGGUGUUCGAGCUCCAGCCGCGAGACAUGGGGAACACAGGAGGUGUCGUCAUCACAAGAGAAGACAAGGUGAAGCAGACCCUGGACGAGAUCCUGGAGAAGCUGCCCGAGGAGUUCAACAUGUCCGACAUCACGGGCAAGGUGGAGGAGCGGACGCCCUACGUCGUGGUCGCCUUCCAGGAGUGCGAGCGGAUGAACCUCCUCAUCCGCAUCAUCCGGAUGUCUCUCAAGGAGCUCGACUUGGGUUUCAAGGGUGAGCUGAAAAUAACGUCAGCGAUGGAGGAACUUAGCGGAGCGCUGUUCCUCGAUCAAGUGCCCGAGUCGUGGGCGGUGCGGGCGUAUGCUUCCACCCUCGGGCUCACGUCUUGGUAUGCCGACCUGUUGCUGAGGAUGAAGGAGCUGGAGACUUGGGUCGGCGACUUCCAGGUGCCGCCGUCGGUGUGGCUGGCCGGCUUCUUCAACCCGCAGAGCUUCCUGACGGCCAUCAUGCAGAGCACCGCCCGCAAGUGCGAGCUUCCCCUCGACCAGAUGUGCCUGCAGUGCGACGUCACCAAGAAGAAUAAGGAAGACUUUACAUCGCCGCCUCGUGAGGGAGCCUAUGUACACGGGCUUUUCUUGGAGGGAGCCUCUUGGGACACCGAUAACUCCAUCCUGAUUGACUCGCGACUAAAGGAACUCCAUCCGCUUAUGCCAGUUAUGUUCAUUAAGGCCAUCACCGUGGACAAGGCUGAGAGCCGCAACCUGUAUGAGUGCCCCAUGUAUAAAACUCGGGAGCGAGGACCUCAUUAUGUGUGGACCUUCAGCCUCAAGACAAAGGAGAAGCCAGCCAAGUGGAUUCUGGCGGGCGUGGCGCUCCUUCUGCAGGUGUAAUGACGACCUAAGCGUUAUCAAUAUUCGAUUAGGCAUUUUGUCAGUUUCAUCCUUCAGAUCGCUAACUAUUUUUAACAUUUAUCGCAAAUGCCAUAUUUCUCUAGGGUUGAUCUAUGAUUUAACUGGGUGAUCAAUAUUACUAAAUAUUAAUAUAAAAUGGGCCUUAUUAGUGAAAUCGAUAUGUGCUUCAGUACAUAGAGAAAAGUAUAAUUACUUAGGCUUACAUUCAACAUACCAGCAUAGGUAAAUUUCCGAUCAAUAUCAUACUCUUAUCAUAUAAGCUUUUAAAGUUAUAUCUUUACCUAAACAGUUCUUAUCUCUCUUUAUGAGGUUAAAAAAAAUCGUCGACACAAAUUACAUAU